AAGAUAAAAAUUUUUCUUGGAAUUAUUUAAGAAUAUCAUAUGAAAACAAACCUUGUUCUUUAAAUAGAUUUGAAUUACGUCUUUUUGAUGAUUCCUUUACAAAGAAUUAUUAUUCUUGUUCAAAAGUUUUAAAGAAUGGAACAGAAUCUUUUUUAUUUCCAUUAAGAAAUGCGAAACUUUAUUUUAAUGAGAUAGAAAUAACUGAAUUUACAGUUAAUCAAUAUAAAAUCAAAGAUUAUUUUGAUGAAAAUAAUAAAUUAUAUAUAUAUUUAACUUUGGGUAAUGAAAUUAUUGAUUUAGAUGAAAGAUAUAUAUGUAAAUUCAUUAGUAGUGAAAUAGAUUUUGAAUCUAAUUUUGAUAAAAAAAAUAUUGAUUAUAAUAAUGAAUAUUUUUUGAAUAUUGAACAACAAGAGAUCAAUAGCAGAUUUUAUUUUGAAUUAAAUCAAGAUGAGAAAUAUACAGG